GAAAUAGCUAAACCUUGAUUGGGCUGUGAAAAACGUGUUUGUGUUUCGUCGGCGUGUUUUCCCAUUUAUUUAUUGAUAUUGAUGUUUGACUUAUGGUUAAGACCUAAAAAAAGAUAAAACAUAAGCCUACAAGCACAGUUUCGUUUUUUGGUAACUUGAACUGGUACCAGGCCUGCCAGUCUGGAUCCCUAAAAAGCAGUGUGCCAAAAUUGAGUUUUGUCUUGGGUGUCAGAGGGGAAAAUUACCCACCAAAAAGAGGGGAGAGAGUGGAAAACUGCUGAUUCAAUGAGGCCCAAAAAGGGUGAGAAACGACAAAAAGCAUGCAUUUUAUUAUAGGGUGUAGAAUGUUUGAUGCUAACUGGGCAUCCACACCACUGCUCUUUCUAUAGGUGCUGUCGUCAUCAUGUCGCUGGGCAGGGUGAGAGUGCUGGAGGCACUGUGGCGGCUCCCAGCCACUCGUCUCUCGGCCAGCACUGUGUGCCCCACAGUGUGCCGGCCACUGAGUAGCGCUGGAGCCCGGUCUGGUCCGACCAGCCCUGAUCCACAGGAGCAGGCUGGCCAGGUGCAGCAGAGGCCUGCCAAGAACACCAGCAAGGCCAUGAUGGCGUACCUGGAGCGGGCCACCAAACAUGAGGAGUUCAUGCGCAAGCAGGUGCAUGAAUUUGAAAUAGGAAAGCGCCAUCUGGCCAACAUGAUGGGUGAGGAUCCAGAGCACUUCACGCAGGAGGAUGUAGAUCGCGCUAUUGAGUACCUGUUUCCGACCGGUAUUUUCGACAAGAAGGCGCGGCCCAAGAUGCGGCACCCCACCGAGGUGUUUCCGCAGCAGAAGGCGGCGCAGUUCGACGCCACCGGCAGGCCCUUCCAUACGCUGUUCUACACGCUCAAACCCAACUUCUACAUGACACUCUACGAGCUGGUGGAAAAGAUGAACCAGCUCGAUCGGCUUCAGGCCAAGAACGACGCUCUCGGCAAACUGCCAGAUACCACGCAGAAACUCUCGCUUCUAGGAAGUGAGUGGCUCGACAUUGAAGAGCUCGGCAAGAUGCUUGUGGAAACCCUCAAAGAACCUCAGUACCAGGAGUUUGUACGCGCCAUGAACCGACUGGUGGAACAUCCGCUGGCCUACCACCACAAGGACUUCAUCUUCAAGUACCGCAAGAUGCUGCGCGUCUCCAACGAGACAGAUACCGUGCCGGAGCUGCUGUUCGACUCGGCCGGCCGGCCCUACAUGGAGGCCACCGGUUACCGGAAGCGGGCGGUGGCGCGCGCGGUGGUGCACGGCCGCGGCUCGGGCCGGGUCACCGUCAACGGCCUGCCGCUGGUGCACUACUUCCACCGCGACGGCGGACGCUCCGGCAACCAGGACGUGGCGCAGGUGAUGUACCCGCUCCAGGUGGCCGGUGUGCUGGACUCUGUAGACGUGGAGGCCACGGUCCAGUAUGACGGGCCCACGCAGCGCUACCACGGCAAGAGGCGGCGCGGACACAGGAAACGCACCAGUUUCGUGCCGGAGCCGUGGAAGCGGCCGCACCCGGUGCAGGCUCCCAGCUCUCAGGCCGGCGCCGUCCGGCACGCUGUCUCGCUGGCGCUGCGCAGCUUCGUCGACAAGGAGAUGCAGGAGACGAUGCGGCUAGCCGGACUGCUAACGCGGGACGUCAGGGAGCGAGAGCGCUACAAGCCGGGCAAGAAGGGCUCGCGAAAGGGACGCACCUGGAAGAAGCGAUAGUGGUGGCAUCUGUCGGUGGGUGCGGGAACUAGGCGCCGUCGGUUGUGUGCAGACUGGAGAGAAUGUGUUGUAUUUGUAUGGAGUAUUCUGCUGGAAGUGAUGGGUGAACGUGUUGACGAUGUGUUAUAUCUUGUGUUGAUUGAUAGGGAGACUGUUAUUGAGGGAUGUGGAAACCCCAUGGUUACUCGCCUGAAUGGUCAUACUGUGCGUCUGAAAUACACGAGAACGCGUGAAA